GGGUCUCAGUUCUUGGCUUUCGCCUAUUUCUUCAAUUCAAUUCAUUUGGGACACGAUACAGACUUUCUCCGCUAUAUGUUCUCUGGAUUUUGGCGCACACUUUUUCUAUCUACCAGUCACUCGAUCACUACGACCACCACCGUUGACGGCGGCGACACCACCGCUGGCGACAUGAUUUGAAGGUGAGGGAGAAGACUGGUUGGGGAGAUGGGGGCGACGCUCUCGAACUUGACCGAAUCGAACGGUUCCGCCGGCGGGCCGGGCCUAGGCGACAUACCGGAGAGCUGCGUGGCGUGCGUUUUCCUCUACCUGACGCCGCCGGAGAUCUGCAACCUCGCCCGCCUCAAUCGUGCGUUCCGCGGGGCCGCUUCGGCCGACUCCGUCUGGGAAGGCAAGCUGCCCCCUAACUACAGGGAUCUGCUCGACUUGUUGCCUCCCGAGAGGCACCAGAAUCUCUCCAAGAAGGACAUCUUUGCCCUCCUCUCUCGACCCGUCCCUUUCGACGAUGGCAACAAGGCAUUAUGGUUGGAUAGGGUUACAGGAAGGGUUUGCAUGUCAAUUUCUGCAAGGGGAAUGGCGAUUACUGGCAUUGAAGAUAGAAGAUACUGGAAUUGGAUUCCGACUGAAGAAUCUAGGUUCCAUUCAGUGGCCUAUCUACUGCAAAUAUGGUGGUUUGAAGUAGAUGGGGUGGUAAAGUUUCCUUUUCCUGCUGAUAUAUAUACCCUGUCAUUUAGGAUUCAUCUUGGAAAAUUUUCAAAGAGGCUUGGGAGGCGAGUUGGCAACUUUGAGCACACCCAUGGUUGGGAUAUAAGGCCUGUACGGUUUGAAUUUUCAACUUCAGAUGGACAGCAAGCAUCAAUUGAGUCAUGUUUAGAUGAGACUGAACAAGAUGAAGCAAAUGGCAACCACAAGCGUGGGUGCUGGAUAGAGUACAAGGUAGGCGAGUUUGUUGUCACAGAGUCGGAUCCUGCUACUGAAGUGAGAUUCUCAAUGAAACAGAUCGACUGCACCCAUUCCAAAGGUGGUCUUUGUGUAGAUUCUGUAUCCAUUGUCCCAAGUAAUCUGAAACAGCGAAGAAGAGGGGUUUUGAAAUAAUCAUUGGGACAUGUCUAGAAUUGUUGGUAGUCCCUGAAAGUUUUAGUUGGGAUUUUAUCAUACAUUUGAAAGCUCAUGAUGUUGUGGAGAAUUUCAUGUUUGUGUCCUCUCUGUAAUCUACACAAUUUCGACCCAGUUUUGCUUUAUGUUAGUAUACCAUUUGAAGCAGAUGCUAGUGACUUUGUUUCUGUUAUCAGUUACCUUUUGCCAGUCAAUUUCAGGUCAUCACCAUUUGUGUAUUAUAAUUGAGAUGUGAAUGAGGGACGGUUCCUUCCUACUUGUCAAGACCAGUGCCAUAUUCAUUAUUUCAUUUAUGUUCUUCGCCCCUUUUUCAGCCUGCA